AUGGAAAAAACUGAUGGAGGAGAUAGAGAGACCAAGUACAAACGGGAUAGUCAAAUUCCAGCAUAUUUUAGGAGUAGGUUCUUUGUGACCAUCAUGCUAUUCCUUGGCAUGGCCAAUGCCUAUGUGAUGAGGACAAACAUGUCUGUGGCUAUUGUCGCCAUGGUUAAUCAUACGGCAAUCAGGGGUGAGGAUGCGGGCAAUGAAACCAAAUCGAACUGUCGACGGGAUGGCGAAUUCAACUGGAGCUACAAGCUGCAGGGAUAUAUAUUGGCCAGUUUCUUUUACGGAUAUGUCCUGACUCAGAUUCCAUUCGGAUUUCUCAUCAAAACCUAUGGAGCUAAGCACUUCCUUGGCUGGGGCAUGAUGAUCAACUCAAUUGUUGCAUUCUUUGUGCCGCUCUCAGCCCGCAAUGGAGGCUACAUUGCGCUCUGUGUUGUGCGAUUUAUUCAAGGCCUCGGAGAGGGUCCCAUUGUGCCCUGUACCCAUGCAAUGUUGGCCCAGUGGAUCCCUCCAGAUGAGAGAUCCCGCUCUGGAGCCGCCGUGUAUGCGGGUGCACAGUUUGGCACAAUUGUUUCAAUGCCAUUGAGUGGUCUGCUGGCCACUUAUGGCUUUGAUGGCGGCUGGCCUUCAAUUUUCUACGUCUUUGGAGCGGUCAGCACAAUCUGGUCGGUGUGCUUCAUCUGCUUUGUGGCAGAGAGUCCUUCGGUCUCUAAGAGUAUUACUGAUGCUGAACGUAAGCAUAUUGCUGAGACGAUUUGGUCAAAUCAUCCAGAUCAGGAGAGUGGCAAAACGCCAUUUCGUGGUAUCUUCACAUCGUUGCCCUUUUGGGGCAUCUUGAUUGCUCACUGUGGUCACAACUAUGGCUAUGAAACGUUGAUGACCGAGUUGCCCACCUACAUGGCCAUGGUGAUGAGUGUCGAGCUGAAAGCGAACGGUAUCCUCUCCGCUCUCCCCUAUCUGGCUAUGUGGCUUAUGGCCAUGUUGUUUGCAUUCAUUGCGGAUCUUUUAAUACGAAAAGACGUUAGCAUCACGAUUACGCGAAAGGUCAUGAACUCUAUUGGACAGUAUGGUCCGGCUGUGACACUUUUGGCAGUUGGAUAUUUUAAUACCAGCCUGUUAAUUACGGUUAUAUUGUUCACCAUUGGCAUGGGAUGCAAUGGAGCGAUCUACUCGGGCUUUAAAAUCAAUCAUCUGGAUCUGUCUCCACGUUAUGCUGGACUUCUGAUUGCAAUAACCAAUUGUAGUGCCAAUCUGGUGGGAGUUACAGCUCCAAUGAUAGCUGGUCAUGUGAUCAACUCUGAUCCCUCAAUCGCCAACUGGCGCAUUGUCUUUCUAAUUGCCUCUGUUGUGUACAUCGUUAGUGGUACCUGCUACAAUCUAUUUGCAUCUGGCAAAUUACGGUGGUAAAACAGCUAACAGCUAACAACUAAAAAACCAAUUUUAUGCUGCAUUUCAUGUUCCUUUGCGGCUGUCACCCUGCUGCUAAUGACACUGAAACGACACUGAUAUUUCACCAAACACGAUGUGAAUGUUUAUGUUUUAAGCACUGGACAUUGGACAAGGACAUCAAUCAAAUAACCCUGACACUAUCCUCAUCGCUCCGGCAUUUCAUUUCACAUUUUACUUGUUAUUGUUUUAAUAUGUCUGGGCCGACAAUCAUGUAUUGAUAGCUUCCUUUAAAUGCAUUUUGUAAUGCAUGGAUGUAGAAUAUCUUGACAGAGCUUUGUACUAAAAUUUUAAAGAUUCGAUUCAA